AUGACCCUAAAACCUCAUAUUGUGCUUCUACCUUUUCAGAAAAAGUCUUCAGGGGUGCCUAUAUCGCGGAUAAAAUGGCAUUCUCUUCUUUCUCGCACCUAUGUCACACAUGUACCACCGUCCAAUGCACCACAAGUUGCACGGACAAGAAACAUCGGCAUCAUUGCUCAUAUCGAUGCUGGCAAAACAACGACCACAGAACGCAUGCUCUAUUAUAGUGGCUAUACGCGCAGAAUCGGUGACGUUGAUGAUGGAUCUACGGUAACAGACUUCCUUCCAGCGGAACGAGCCAGAGGAAUUACCAUCCAAUCAGCUGCCAUCACAUUUGAAUGGCCCCAGAAACCAUCAGAACCCGAAUCUGCCGAUCUAGUGGAAAGCGUUGAGAGCGGGACUGAACCGAAGUCAGCACUCAGCCACCAUAUCAAUCUCAUCGAUACGCCUGGUCACGCAGAUUUCACAUUCGAAGUGCGGAGGUCUCUUCGCAUCCUUGACGGAGCAGUGUGCAUUCUGGAUGGCGUCGCCGGUGUUGAGGCACAGACCGAGCAAGUGUGGAAGCAGGCCGGUGAGUGGAGCAUACCUCGCAUUGUUUAUGUCAAUAAGCUCGACCGCGAUGGAGCAGCCUUCGGAAGGACCGUCAAGGAAGUGGCUUCCAGACUGGCAGGCUGGCCCGCAGUCUGUCAAAUUCCAUGGUGGGAAGGUGGAGAGGGACGUUUCACCGGUGUGGCUGACGUCGUAAAUCUGCGAGGUCUUCUCUAUCCUAAGGGUGGGGACGGGAAGGUCAUCAGGGUUUUUACAUUGCAAGACUUGGAAAAGGCGAAUCCCAAGCUUGCCUCAGAAUUGAAGCGUGCUCGUAUUGCUCUUGUCGAACUUUUGAGUGAGCACGAUGAUACGAUGGUCGAUACAUUCCUGGAGAGCAACGAAGAUCAUCUUGCAGUUCCUGCCAUGGCCAUCCUGUCUAGCCUUCGCAGGUGUCUUCUUGCUGAGAACAACCGAGUUAUCCCGCUGUUUGCAGGGGCCAGCUUUCGCAAUAUUGGAGUUCAACCAUUGCUUGAUGCGACAGUGAAUUUGUUGCCAGAACCAAGAGAACGCCCGGAUUCUGAGAUUAGUAUCGGGGCUACCAAAAUUGGCCUACAAGAUCUUUUAAUAGGUAAGCUCGUGUUGCCCAAUGCAGACUCUCAAGCUUCGAAGAGAGGCAGGAAGCAUUCUGCUACACCGUCGGUUCCGCCUGCACAUGCGCUUGAAGGUUGCGCUCUAGCAUUUAAGGUCGUUAACGACGUUCGCAAGGGUGUUCUUGUCUACAUCAGAAUCUAUUCUGGUUCCAUCCAUCGUGGUGCACUGCUCUACAACACAAAUCUCAACGUCUCGGAAAAGGCAACGACUCUGCUCAGAAUGUAUGCAUCUGAUUCACUGCCUGUCCAAUCUAUCGAGGCAGGCCAAAUUGGUGUCAUUGCUGGUCUGAAGCAUGCGCGAACGGGUGAUACGCUGAUAGCCUGUUAUGGAAGCAAGGUGGUCCCACCAGAGCCGCUGGACCGUCUUCAGCUUCGCCCUAUCGAAGUUCCACCGCCGGUUUUCUUUGCCAGCAUCGAACCAAAUAGCUUACGUGAAGAGAAGGAUAUGCAAGAGAAAUUAGCUCUCCUGCUGCGGGAAGACCCAAGUUUGCAUGUCACACAAGACGAGGACACAGGGCAGAUUUUGCUGAGUGGCAUGGGAGAACUCCAUCUCGAGAUUGCACGAGAUAGGCUGGUCAACGACCUGAAAGCGAAAGCCACCAUGGGACAAAUUGAAAUCGGCUAUCGAGAGACUAUCUUGCAUCCUUCAGAAGCCAUGACGAAGAUUUAUGAUAGAGAGACGGCAGGGCAAAAGGGCAAAGCUGGGUGCACUGCAACUAUGGAGCCAUACAACACAACAGAGUCGCAAUCAAUCGAGCCUCCUCCCUCUCCUCAGGAUCUUGAAGCCUGGUCCCAUGAGCGAGAUGGCAAUCUAGUAACAGUACUAACACCAAAGAUCCACCAAGAUAACACCUCCCACUCCUCCAAAGAUGCUCUACUCAGCCCGAACCUCACCCUCCCCGACCUGCGAACCGCCUACCUAAACGGAGCCCUCGCCGCCUUAAGCCGAGGCCCCGGGAAAUCUUACCAAGUGCGCAGCGUACACGUCACGCUGACCCUGCACCCACCCACCCACCUCUUCGGCACCGAAAGCACCAUUUCCGCCCUCGCCCACUUCGCCACCAUCGCCGCCCUCAAAGACUCCGCCUCCAAAGGCGGCACUCCCCUCAUGGAACCCGUUAUGGACGUGACCAUCAGCGUCGACGAAGCGAGCUUGGGACCUGUCGUCCACGACAUCUCCUCCAGUCGCGGCGGGCACGCCAUAAGGACCGCCAGGAGACGAGGAGACCAAACCAGCCAUUGA